AUGUGGCCCAACCCUCCAGUGACUUUAGAGUCCGAAUGGGAAGCUGCUUUCUCGAAAGAUAUCAUCGUCCUUGUGAAUGCCGCGACGCAUCCAGACCAACUCAUGAAAGCUUUCGCGAGAGACAUUAUAACUUGUAUUCGAAAAUCCAGGAAGAAAGCUGAACUGGUUCCUAGUGAUGCCGUUUUGAUGCAGUAUCGGGUCAGUGCGAAUCCGGAUGAUGUUGACGUUGACGGAAUGAUCUCUUCGCGAGAACCGCAGUUCAAGGCUUCUCAUCGCAGCGACUUGGAUACCAUGUCGGAUAGUGUGCCUACCAAUUCGGUUUUCUAG